CUUUUAAUUGCUUCAUACUCGCGUCUCUUUCGUCUUUUCAUAAAUCAGCGCAUCCGCAUCUUCAAAACUAUUAUUAUUAUUUCAACCAACCAACCACUAUACAUUAAAUUCAGCAAAUAUGGACUACUCGCAGUACAUGGGAAUGGGCGGACAAGGUGCCGAUCUGAGCGAGGCACAGAUUCCGGACAAUUCCGAAACCAUCCACAUUUCGUCCCUGGCGCUCCUAAAGAUGCUUAAACACGGACGGGCCGGCGUGCCCAUGGAAGUAAUGGGGCUUAUGGUUGGCGAGUUUGUCGACGACUACACUGUGCGGGUAGCCGAUGUUUUCGCAAUGCCUCAAGCCGGAACAGCGGUCUCCGUCGAGUCCAUCGACGAAGCAUACCAGGCAGCCAUGAUGGAGAUGCUCAAGCAAACAGGCCGGGCUGAAUCCGUUGUUGGCUGGUACCAUUCUCACCCUGGAUUUGGAUGCUGGCUGUCGAGCGUGGAUGUUAACACGCAGCAGUCCUUUGAGAGACUGAACAGCCGCGCGGUAGCUGUGGUUAUUGAUCCUAUCCAGAGUGUGCGCGGAAAGGUUGUCAUUGAUGCAUUCCGUCUUAUUGAGUCAUCGACGGCUGUUACGGGUGUGGAGCCAAGACAGUCGACGUCGAAUAUUGGCCAGCUGCAUAAGCCCAGCGUUCAGGCGCUCGUUCACGGACUUAACCGCCACUAUUACUCGAUUGCCAUUGAUUACCGGAAGAAUGAGUUGGAGGAGAAGAUGCUGCUUAACCUUAACAAGAAGCAGUGGUCACACGGUAUGAUUAUUAAGGGACAUGGGGAGCAUUGCGGCGAGAAUGUGGGUGCUGUGGGUAAAAUGCUGAAGCUGGCCGAGUCGUAUACCAAAUCUGUGCAAGAUGAGCAGAAUUUGACAGCGGAGCAGCUGAAGACCCGCCAUGUGGGCAAGCAGGAUCCCAAGAGGCACCUCGAGAUUACUGUUGAGGAGAUAAUGGGCAACAACAUUAUCCAGAGCCUGACAACUGCCGUUAACGAACAGGCACUGUAGAGACGAAAAUUCAGACAAAUGAAUUUCUUCGUGUUUGUAUGUUUUUUAAUAAAACCGGAACUCUGCGUUGUUGUUUUUCUCUUUCGGAUACUGACAAACAUUGGUG